AUGGAGAGUAGCGGCUCCAAGGCCUUUUCCCAGAUCGCCCGACUUCCUCUCGUCCCCUCCCCCGACAAGAGCGACCUCUGGCUCCUCGGCCCCGAGUCUGUAUCGCCGCCGCUAGCAGAAGGCGUCUACCACUACUGGUUCGAAGUCGACGACACCUCCCCGGAGAGCCAUGGCACCCUUUUAGUCUCUGAUACCUUCGCAUUCGCCGUCAACUACGGCGUGGCCAACACCGCGGAGCCCAGUGUGCCGCCACAGCCCGGCUCUGUCGUCAGGCUCCGCGACGGCAAGCUCUGGCCCUGCGACGUCGACGGCGCCGAUCCUCCACCCCCUGCCGUUCCGAGCCUGGCCGCUCUUCCAAGCAACUACCACCUGGUCAUCUACGAACUCCCAACCUCCUGGACCAAGAUUGGCAACGACAAUCGCGGCGUCGAUAAAGAGGUUGGGACCUUUGCCGACGUCUUGGCCCUGUUCAAAGCUGACGCCCCAGGUGACCACUUUUCGGCCGUAGCUGCCGUCAAUGAGGAAGCCAUCCUUGCCAACCUCGGCGUAAACGCCCUGGAGCUGCUUCCCGCCGCAGACUCCAAGACGCAAGACGAAUGGGGCUAUGCCACGGCACACUAUUUUGCUCCAGACUACAACCUCGGAACCGCCUCAGACCUAGUCCGCUUCGUCGAUGCCGUCCACGGCCAGAACACGCGCUUCUUCACCGACGUGGUCAUGGCCUUUGGCCACGACUCGUACGGCUCUAUCAACUACGGCUCUAUCGACUACGGCUCUAUCGACUUUCCCGACUUCUACAUCCACCUGCACUUGGAGACCAACAACCCGGACAACAGUCAAUCCAGCCAAUCUAUUCAACCACAAUGA